GAGCAGCUGCAAAUAUGGGCAGAUAUGGGCUCGUGCACGCGUGCGAGCAAAGCGAGAAGUAAAGCAGCGUAUGUCUCACGCGUGAGACUUGUCAGAAUGACUGCAUCCAUACAUGAUAGGGCAUACACUAGGCACAUAAUAGAGCUUCUACAUGAGGGCGUUGAAAAUAUCCAGACUAGACUCCAGCUUGCCACGUCCCCAUGUUUCUCCAGGUUAUUUGACAAGACGGGAUGGAGCGGCGGCAGGGAUGUAAUUGUUGCGCACUAGUACCCGUCUUGGCUCUUUAUGAAUAUCAUCAUGGACUGUGUGGUCUGUGCCGGGAAAGCUAAGGAAGACUGGCUAAUUUCGCAAGGCAACUUUCAUAAUCAAAAACAAGCUUUGCCAUGGCGAUUUUACUGGGGAUUCACUUCUGACCCCCAAGAAGGGGUCAUAUUCGCUGACGUGGGGAAAACCUGGAGACAAGAGAUCAGGGACCCCAAUUGUUGGUUUUGGAUGCUUUGCUUACCGUCGGUGAUCCGAUGGGUUGCCGUCACGAUUCCUGCAGUCCUGCAGGCUGGGGAGAUUUUCCCACGGCUCGCGUUCCUUAUGGACGACGCUGGUCAUACUAGCCACGCCCAUAAGCUUGUUGGCACACCUAAAACUCACCGGUUCCUUCGGCAGGUCGAGAUCGCUCGCCGUCCGAAAAGCUUAUUCACCGCCACUUUCGUAUUAGCUCCCCGAUGCUGUCGGCUAUGGUGGGUUUGGUGGCUUUUCUUAGUAAAGCGGAGGCGCGAGGCGUCACGUUUCGAGGCUCUCAAUGUCGAGGACGGCCAUUCAGGAGCCACAGCUCGCCCUGCUGCAAUCGGUCUGGCUGCGUUGGUUGUGGUUUCAUGGCUGUCAUCAUUUAAAAUGCCAUCGGCAACAUCCCAGUCGGACGGUGCUGAUUGCCUGGCUAAGGGACUUCACCGUUGGUUCCUUUUCUCCCGAGACAUACCCCAUGGGUAACCAUGUCGUUAUGUGGUCGAGGAUUAAGGGUAUGGGAUAAAUCCCUCAAAAACAUCGAAGUUACCUGACAGUCCGACCCUUCGAUACUUUGAUACGGGAUGUAUGUAUUGUGAAGGACACGGAAAGAUCCAUUGGGAUGACAGAGCCAGGCCUGGAUCUCGCUUAUACUAUGUGCAUGGUUUUGCAACUCUGACUUCGGUAGUC